AUGGAUACAGUGGACGGCGACAGCAACAACAGCAGCAACGCGAACGGACUCGCGUCGAGCGUGUUGGAUUUCCCGUUCGCCCAAAACACCAAGGACGCCAUUUGCGCCGAAUUUUGGGAUUCGCUGGCUACGGCUGGCCAGCGACUCCAGAGCCCGUCGACUGACCUUGACGCUUACUGGGCCUACUACUACAAGGAGUGCAGCGGUGCUCUGCACGAUGGCGGCCGACAUGUGGCCACCCGAAGCCACAGCGACGUCGUCGACUGCGUCCGCAAACUGCGCCGAGGGAUGCUGCGCGACGACAUCAAAGUCGCGUUGAGCGCCAAACUGAGCGCCCCCCAUGCCAACGUGGACGAGAUGCUGGACAACUCGAUUGACCUGGCGGCUAGCCUUCUGCUGAUGUCCAGUUUCGGCUCCUUCUCGUACGGCUUCUCGGGCCGCAGCUGCAUAUGCUGGAGCCAGGCAUCGCUGGGCGACUUCCUCGGCGUCUACUUUGAGCCCGACGGCAAGUCGGCCGCGCGCGCCCACGACAGCAUCAAGCUGGAGAAGAUCUUCAAGGCGAGCAAUCUCAACCGCAUUGCCGGGCUCGAGGUGGUGUGGACAGACAAUCUCGUCGACCACCUGCGCAUGACCGACGACGACACGCGCGUCCACAUCUUCCACCACGCCUCUUUUCUCGAGCUGCAGCGGCAGAACCCGGGCACUCUACUCCCAGGGGGCCUCGCCGAAGAGACGCUGCAGACGCUUGCAGUGCUCUUCCCGUCGUCCGACAGGGAGACAAAGCAGUGGUUCGCCAAGCUGCCUCCUGGAGAUGGCCGGCUCGACGCGCGGAUCCUGCACUGCGGCAGGCUGAAGACGGACGACCGCCAGAUCGACCGGUUCAAGUUCUGGAGAGACCGCCUGGUGAUGCUCAAGGAGGUGUUUGACGAAGCGCAGCCUAGAACCAUGUCGCAGUGGUGGUACGACAGACGGAAUGGGGUGCAAUGGUACACAUUCUGGGUUGCCGUGCUUGUGCUGGUCUUGACGGUGGUGUUUGGGCUGGUCCAGAGCAUCGAAGGGGGCAUGCAAGUGUAUUACUCAGCCAAGGCACUGACUGUCGACGGAGGAGGUGCUGCGAACGGGGGGCUAGGGCAGAAUAUGCAUGAAACGGAGUAA